AUUAAUGCCAUGCCAUGACAAAGAUUUUGAGCCACCAGAACUGGAUCCGGACCUUAACUUGGAUCCAGUACCUGCCCCUGCUUGCCUUUCUAUCUGUGCCUGAAAUGCUGGAGCUGAGAAGAGAACAGGCACUGACAAUCAGCUACAGAAGAAGGGGAGAUGUGGCGCCUCUGGCUACUCGUUUACUUUUUACCCCCGGGGACCUGCAAGAAGAUCUUCACCGCAGAUCUGCUGUGAUGUGUGAAAAGCGGAAGGAGAACAAAAUUGGUGGUGUGGAGGUGAAGAGAGACUUCCUGUUUAAGUUCCUGGUGAUUGGCAGCGCUGGGACGGGGAAAUCCUGCCUCCUCCACCAAUUCAUUGAGAACAAGUUUAAACAGGACUCCAACCACACCAUCGGCGUGGAGUUUGGAUCCAGAGUUGUCAAUGUUGGAGGAAAGACAGUCAAACUGCAGAUCUGGGACACUGCUGGGCAGGAGCGAUUCCGUUCUGUUACACGCAGCUACUACAGAGGAGCAGCUGGAGCGCUCCUCGUCUAUGAUAUCACCAGUCGGGAGACAUACAAUGCCCUAACCAACUGGCUGACAGAUGCACGGACUCUAGCGAGCCCCAACAUCGUUAUUAUUCUGUGUGGCAACAAGAAAGACCUGGACGCAGACAGAGAGGUGACCUUCCUGGAAGCGUCGCGCUUUGCUCAGGAGAACGAGCUGAUGUUCCUGGAAACCAGUGCUCUGACAGGAGAGAAUGUCGAGGAGGGUUUCCUCAAGUGCGCCCGCAACAUCCUCAACAAGAUAGAUUCAGGUGAGUUGGACCCGGAGAGGAUGGGUUCAGGUAUCCAGUAUGGAGAUGCUUCGUUGAGGCAGCUGCGACAGCCAAGAGGCACCACCACACCGAAUAAGCAGCAAUGUAAUUGCUAGGGAUCGGGGCCCCUCCGUCACCUCGGCCCUCAGGCCCACACGGACAGGAUGCCCCCUACAGCUCCAGGUGUUUUUUGGCGUGUGGGACCCUUCUCUCUGCAGUCUCACACACCUUGGAUCACCUGGAUGAGUGAUCAUGAAGAUCACUGCAACCCCUGACCCCUGACCUCUGGUACUUCUUACCUGAGGGGGUCAGCUUUGUGAACACACUGGGAUCAAAAAAGAAGAGGAAUCUUCUUUUUAAAGUCUCAGUGACUUACCAGACCAGGCAGAGUCAAGGGUUGUGUGUAUGGGCUGCCCUACUGUUGUUUUAUCUCUGUGUUUUUCAUUCUGGUUUUAGUAUCACCUUCAUGCUUUCUACGUUUGCACAUCAUUGUUUGUAAAUUAUUGUUAAACUAUUUUGCGCAUCGUCAUUGUUCAACCUAUCUGGAUAUGAUUAGUUUGGUCAGCGCUUUUGAGUUGUAAUAUUCAUCAAGGCACCUGUUGAUAUUUUGCUUUUAACUAUCCAACUGUACUUUAUGUAAAUUCAGACAUUGAUGGUGACUAAGCAAGUUUUUAUAAGUCAAAUGAAGUCAACCUGUACACAUUUUGGUUAAGUAUUAAUCUAGAAUAUAGUGAUACCAGACACAAUAUAAAUAUUUGUCCAGGUUUCUUCAGCUCUUGUCCAGUAAUUCUUCCUGAUCCAAAUGGAAGCAGCUGAUUGGUGAGUUUAUGCUUUUAUGAUUUUUUUAAAGUCAAACAGGCCCAAAUGUAGAGCCCAGUUCUUUUACCCACUCUAAAAUGUGUUACUAUUUGGUUUGCAUUAGAAUGCACUUUUAUGACAUAGAGUGUUGGCCUUAGUAAUAUACUUGAUAUUGUGGAUCUACAGUAUAUUAUUCCUAGUCACCAUGUCUCUAAACUGUAGGAGGGAAUAGUCCAAUCACGUCGAUCGACAGCCACAUAGACAAGCCUGUGGGUCAGGUUUGAAGCACAAAACAGAUUUUUAUUUUUAUUUUACUCCAAAGUCUGUAGAUUAACAUAAUCAGAUUUAGCCCAUGUGAAAGUCCCAGUGUCUCUGGUCCUAUCACAGUGUAAGGUUAAGAAAGGGUCAUCAAUAUUUGCAAAAGUAAGUCUUUGACUGCUCAUGCCGCCCCCCCCUCCCCCUGUAAAUUUACACUGCACAUUCUGUGUUAGGGACGUCACAGGAAACCACAGUUGGUUUUGCCUCAGUACCAUGUUUUGGGAAACUUUCUGCCCACUCAGUUCUCUCAUAGAGGCUUGACACUGUUAUCAACGCGAGGUUGUAAGUGCGCCUUGAUGAAAGCAGGAACGCUGUUUUUAGCCUUCCAAGUCGUUUUCACUUCUCUUUGACAAGCAGAGAAACAGCUCAGCUCUGCUACAAACUGUCACCGAGUUUGCCGAGUCAUCCCAGACGUUUUCUCCUUAGAACAGACUCGGUGUUGCCCCAGAGAGAAACAGGGAAUUUCCACUGUAACAUGGUUUCCUUUUCCAUGCAGCACUGACGAGGUUGCGGGUAAAAAAAAAACUUAAAAACAUCCCGGACUGCUGUUGAGUCAAAGGCACUGCUUCUGUCUGAACCACUGAGAGCAGGUCGUUCUGACCCGGCCAAGAGAAAAUCAAAACAAACAAAGCAAAUCUUAUUUGCCAAUGUCUUCUCCCCAGAGUGUUAGCAUAUGUCCUCCCAGACAAACCAUAUGCGCUUUAAGCUCCAUUGAGCCAGCACACUGAAGGGAAAAAAGACUUGAGUUGUGCAAACACGAGAUAGUAUAGGAUAUCAACAGACAGAUGGUCAAAGAUUUUUUUUUUCCGUUUUCAUAAAAUACUGCCGUUGUGUGAUAGUUUGUCUCCUUCUGCAAGUGCACUUUUACUUUUGAAUUUUCAUGUUGUGUUUAUAUGCUGCAACUAUAGAAUUGUACAUUUUAUUUUACUUGAACAGUAUACUGUAAUAAAGAUUUUAAUUGUAUAUGUUAUCAUUUCUUACUAAAUAACAACUGAGAUAUUUUAGCCUAUUUCCUGCUGUCUUAGGUUCUGUUUGUUUAUUACCCGCUGCUGACGUGGAGGUAGUGAUGAAAGUAUGUUCACUUCCUGAGCUGUAAGAGGCCGUGGUAUCAACAAGUUGUCAUUUAUAAUCAGUUAUCGGGACAUCUAAAUUGUUGACUGCUGUUGAACCAGUCCGCUUGCAUUCAUCUGUAUGUAUUUAUCGUACAGUUAAUCUAAAUAGCCAUAUGAUAAGCAUCGUUUUCUGACUUCCUGUCUAGAUUCAAUCAUGUGACGAACGAAAUCCAACUCAGUUAUUGCUUAGUAACGAAUGUUAUAUAAUUAACCCCAAAUACUACUGUACAUUUCAAGUAACCUAUGCUGUAAAUAAGAUUUGUCUAUUGAGAGUGAGUGUUGCCCAUUGAUUGUAAUGAAUAUGCAAAUCCCAGUAAACUGCUUGUUUUUCUCA